GCCUGUGGAAAUGGGCAAGUCAGCUUACCUAUAAGUGAACAAACAGUUACAUUAUCGCAUUUGAUCUUGUCUCCCAAGUAGACCUAUGCAGGUCCCUGGUCUCUGCGAUAUGGAACUGCCCUUGGGUAGUUGAGGCAUCACAGGAAACCAAUGGAUGCUUUCCUCCCAAAGCUCAUAGGAGCUUCAGGAGGCCAUUUUCGCUGGGAUUGCAGCACAAAGGGAAAAUAUUACAUGGUCUCAGUCAUGAUCCAGAAGAAAUAUUAAACAUGUCUUUCAAAUCUUCCAGUUAACUGCACUGUAACUAUUCAUGGCUCUUGUCGUGCUUCUAACAAACUGCACAAGCCAUUACAACUGGGAGACAAAUCAGAAUCCAAGGAGUGCUUAAUUCCACCCACACCCACACUCCCACUUCUGCCUAUGUGCCUAUGAAGAUUCCUGAGAUUCCACAAUUUUUCUUCAAACCUUGGCUGAAGUCAUAGUUCCUGGUACAUGACAUCACAACAAGUUGCUGUGGAAAUUGAUCAUUAGGCACAGGUGAGGAAAGUAGCUUUAAAACCUCAAAGCAUGUAAGGAAAUAUGAGAGAAGGUGCAGGAAGAAGAGAAAGAAGGAGAAGUGAAGCCUACAGAUGAAAAGGAUUUCUCUGAAUUCCUUUUCAAGAUGACCACAUGGAAAGAGAGGCACUUUCUGUGUAAGGACAAAUAUGUUUCAUGGCCAGGGUUUUCUCCAAGACCCUACCAUAAGCUAGCAGUUGAGAAACCCCCCCACACAGAUGCCAAAAUCCAGGUUUGCCAGAAAAUGCGCUGCCCAGUGGAAGAGAGUAGUAAUUGGCAUGUCUGGGGAUACCAUACAUGGCUGGACAUAGGGAGAUUGCCGCCAAUCUAUCGCCCAAGACCUGACAAGAUUUUUGACAGCAAUACGUGGCGAUGGAUCACAGCUCCCAGGAAAGACGCCAUGGCUGAUCCACCAGUCCCUCCUCCCUCCUGCUUGGAUGGGAACACCUACGUUAAGUUCAUUGAAGGGGAUGCCUUAUUCCUGGACCAAAGACAUAGAAAAAGAGUUAUGACCCGAACACAGAAAGAACUGAAGCGAUGUGAACAACUCAAAUUGAGGAGUGAGUGCCGAGCUCCUCCUCUCAAUAAGGAGGGGAAUAUUAUGCCUCCGGAGAGGUUCAAGAGAUAUAAGCAUCAGAACAUCCCAACAUCACUUAGUGUCCAGCUGCAGCCUGUCUCACCCCCUUCCAGACAAUGCUGGGAUUAUCCUUGUCCAAGCCUCCAACCCCAUUACCAGAAUGCAGCUGUCAAGUUUGCCCUGAAGAACAGUAGUCCAAUAUAUGAGGAGAUAGUGGAGAAAUAUCAGCAACUGUCCCUUUCUGGGAAUAAAAUAAGGCCUUGCACACCUAACUACUAAAUAAACAAAGGCAGAUGAGCCUGACAUUGAUGGCAUUACUAUGUUGAACUUCAGACCUUUAUCAGUCAAACUGUCAUUCUAAAUGCAGGCAAAGCUAUCAUUGGAGAAUUAUUAAUAGCAGCAAAAACAUCGAGCAGCACAUCCAAAGAGCACUUAAGCAGACAUUCUGGGCAUAUCUGCACCACAGAUUUUUUAAAAUGGUGUUACAGGCAAUUCACUCUCCCAAAGAAAGUUACAGAGAAUUAUCAGCACCCCAACACAGCUACAAAUCCCAGAAUUCUUUGGUGGAAGCUACGGGAGUUAAACUGGCACAAAAACAGUCCUAACAGUAGCACAGUCCUAAUUUAGUCCUUACUGGCAGUUCUGGCAUGAAAUUGAAUUGGUUACCAGCCUAUCAUCCCAAGGCGUAUUGGGCUUUCACCAUAGAGAUGGAGGGCCAGAGUGAUAACACUUUCUGUGGCCGUAGAGAUGAAUGGCCUAUCUGGGCCAAUGGUGCCUUUCAGUUUAGUAUUGGAAGUUCAGAUUAUGUGUGAUUCUAACCUUCCUGCCUCCAUGGUAUAAAACCAUCCUCGCUCAUUGCUAGCUCUUUGGUGUUAGUAAGACUCCACUCCCCACAAGGUCUCAAACCUUUAUAGAUAGGCUGGUGAGUGGGUAAUGUUUUGUUCAAAUCAGGAGUUUCUAAUGACAUGACGAAUACCACAUCUGCACCGUUAGAAAAAUGUGUGGCAUGCACUGCAACAAAGCUUCUGUAAUGUUCCUUUCAUUCCAGAUGCUUUUUCUCUUACUGAGUGGAUUUCUACCCCCUGCAGCCAACUCAUUAAUUGUGAACGGGAAAUAGUUGUUUAUUCUCUGUUGCAGUAAAGCCAGCAUAAAAAAGAAUGAUGACCCCCUCCCAGGUGCCACCCCCGCAAAAAAAAAUCUGGUAGCAGUCAUAUCUCCCAAUCCAAAGUGAGUCAAUGGGCCAGUUUGGAGAAUACUUUCCCCAAGCAAACUAGCCCAUGCAAUUAAAAAGGGGGAUGUGCCAAGCACAUCCCAACAUCUGUCACUAUGUUCUCCCAGUGUAUUCAUUUAUCAGAUGGGGGGGCCAUUCAUCUGCACGCCAUCCAAAUAUUAGUUUAAAUAGUUAUAUUUUAACUUCUAAUCACCUUGCUAUUGCAUCUCAAUAUCACGGAUAGUCCUCUGCCCUGCUCUGAAUGCUCCUGCCAAACAAGAUGAGGUGGGUGGCUACUAGGAAGAGGGCCUUUUCGGUGGUUGCACCCUGUUUCUGGAAUAGCCUCCCCAGUGAGUGAGGUUUACCUGGCAUAAUCACUUUGUUCUUUUAGAUGCCCAGUAAAGAUCUUUCUGUUCACUCAGACAAUUUAAAUCUGAUAUUAAAAACUGACUUUUAAAACAUGCUAAAAUUGUUUUGUACUAUAUUUUGUAUGUGUGUGGUUGUGAUUUAUGUGUGUUUGUUUGAUGUUUCAAUGCAGUGUUGUGAGCCGCCCAGAGAACUAUUUGUUAUGGGG